GAUGUCUACCUGAACGCUGAAGUCAAGGGAAAGCUGCUCAGCUCUUUGCUGCCAAACGCCGAAGGAAAGCGAAAGGAGGUGGCGCAGGAGUUUGCCAAGCGCUUAAAGGCUGUUUUGGAGCAGGUGAAGGAGGCAGCGCCAGAAGCCUCCGUCAUCCUGGUGGUGCCCUACCAACCCCAUCAGGAGUUCUCGUUGGUGAUGGGUGCUCCAAUCAAUGACGAGGGCCAGAGGAUCUAUGGAGACGUUUUGGGCGACGGGACGCGUGUCCUGGAGCGCGGCCUUCUGCCGGACCUGGUGAAUCCCAUGGUCACAGAGAUGUUGAACUUGGGCCGUGAAAUGGGCUGCCCAAUCAUCGACCUCUCUCAAACGUUGGAUCCCACCAACGAGGAGCACUAUGGCACCGGUGAGAUUGGCAAGGUCAAUGAACUGGGCACCCCAUGGAGUGGCGCCGAGCCCUCGGAUGUCUCCAGUGACUUCACGGCCCAGCUGCUGGCGCACGCGAUCGCCGCCGGAGCGAAGAGCUCCGUCUACCGGGGCUUACCACGACGGGAGGUUAAAGGCUGGAGCAUGGCGGUCAAGGAGGAGGAGAACGACUGGAUCUUCGAGAAGGAUUACCGCUUCGGUGGAAAGCCAGUGUCCUCCACAGUCAGCCGGAAAAAGCAAGGAGGUGGCAAACCCCUCUUUCAGUUGGGAAACGUCGAGUCCUUCCUCUUGGGCGCUGGCGUGAUUUUGCUCAUCAACCUCGUCCUCAUCGCUCAAGGUUCACCGAUCGUCGGACUGGUAGCUCAAGGACUGUGGAUAGGACACCGUGGUGCCCAUGGGAGUGAUUUGCUUGUGACGAUUCUUGCAAGCAGCCACCAAAGACCGGAGUUGCUUGGGUGUGACUAAAGCCAGACACUGGAAAUACACGGCAUGGUUGCCUAUAUAUUGGGAGCGUUGGCCCGGGGUCAGUGUCGGUAUAUUCC